AACCACAAAAAUAUACAAAGAGAGCUCAACCUCUUCUUUUCUGCGUCACUCAUUCUUUCCUGUGGGUUAAUGUCUUCUUACUAAAUCUCUUGGUUCUGAGUCGUCGUCUUCUCAGCUUUGCCGUCACUCUUGCAAUGGCCUCCACGGCCUCGCCUUCCUUCUCUCCGCUUUUCUGUGGGAGGAAGCAGGCAACACCCGCACUGCGGCAGAUGCACGUCGUCGCAGCAGCACCGGAUUCCUCCGGCGAACCAACUCGAAAGCGCCGCGUCGACACCAGGAUUCACUGGUCCAGCCCGGACGAAGGUUGGGUCGGGGGAAAGACCAAGCCCGACACCGGCGCUAGCGAGAAGAAAGAGUAUCUGGGAGAAAGAUUCGCGGAUCUCAUCAACAAAUCGACUGCUUCCCACUACCAAUUUCUUGGAGUAUCAGCAGAAGCGGACAUGGAGGAGAUCAAGGCGGCGUACCGAAGGCUGUCGAAGGAGUACCAUCCCGACACGACGUCGCUCCCUCUCAAGGCUGCCUCGGAGAAGUUCAUUCAGCUGCGGGAGGCCUACAACGUUGUGAGCAACGAGGACAGCCGGCGCUUCUACGAUUGGACGCUGGCGCAAGAGGCGGAGAGCCGCCGCCUGCGACAGAUGCGGAUGAAGCUGGAGGAUCCGUACGAGCAGGACUUGCGCAACUGGCAGUCCGUGCCGGACACGGUCGACCGCCUCGGUGGGAAGAACAUGAAGCUGAGCGAUCAAGCGAUGACGGCCCUCACCAUCGACAUCGGCAUCAUCCUCUUCACCAUCUGCUGCAUCAUCUACGUCGUCCUGUUCAAGGAAUCAUACUAACAAGUGACACCAAUCUUAUGUAAAGAAGUCUCACCAUGCAAAUAAACAUCGAUUACGAAGCUAGUAAUUCGAUGGAAUGGAAGCUUCAUAUGUAUCCA